AUGGGGACUUUGACUCCUUCCUAUGCUCCCUUAGAUGGGGGUACACCUGUAGCCAAUGCAGAUCAGAAGCUAGUCCUGCAGCCAACUCUCACACUCCUGGUUAUCCUCCUCAUCCCUUGUGUGGUUUUACUGUUUCUACUCAAUUGCUUCUUGCUUUUCCACCGCCUCCCAGUCUUCAGUCAAAAGAAGAGGGAGAAACGGAGAGGAAGUGUGAGAAACAAGUAUUCCUGUCUAAGGAACAAUAAGACUGGUCAAGCUCAACCUGAGCAGAGCUAUGGUACAACGUCUAGCAAGCCCCUAUGUCAGGGCCGUUGUAUGUCUGACAAUGUCAACCAAGGCUUGGAGGCCACCAUGGUCCUAGGAGAAGGUGUUAAAGAGCCAAGGUGUAGACCACACUCAAGAGACAGUUGCCACAAGAUGGACCGUGGGAAUCGUGACUCAUGUUCUCCGUGCCCAGCUUGUGUUAUGCCCAUGCCUUGCUGCUCUUCUAGGAGAUCCUGGCACCCACCAGCCUGUGUGAGACCCCCAGAAGGUGCAACAUGCUGGAACCAAGGAAAAGAUGAUAAAGUGGUAGUACCUCAUAGCUCAGGAUCUUCCAGCGAUAUGGAGACUCGGCACAAUGCUGUGCCCCCAAAUACCCCAGCUGCUGCAAUUCCCACAUCGGUAACGCCAAAGGUAAAGUUUUCAAACAAAACAAGCACUCAGAGGAAGCAUCAGGGUAGCUCAGUCCCAUAUACCCCUCUGGGCUCGUUACAGUUUGAUUAUGCCAGCAGCAUCCCUCAGGAGGACAGCUGUGCACACCUCUCAACCAGUAGCAAUUUGCCAGGUCCAGGUCUGGACAGCGACUUUGGUGUCAGUGCAGGUAUCUCUUUGCAUAUCUUGUCCUCAGACAGUGACAGCUGCUCUCAGUCGUGGGCCUCGGGGAUGGAGUGGGAUUACUAUGACCCUUGCUACAUGCGCAGGAAUAGGCGCCACAGAGACAACCGGCUGAACCACCACCUUCCUGUGAUAUGCAGCAAGCAGUACUGGGUCUGA